CGUUCGCUAGUAGUUUACAAUAUAACCACGUUAAACAUAAGAGAGAAGACAUCUAUCUCGAUUUCAAAUAAUAUAUAUGUUGUGUUUGAGAAAACCACUUUACUGGUGAGUCAGACUCAAUCAGAGACGAACAUACCUGUAAACAGAGAUCCGAGCGUGUCAGUUUAAUAUUUUGUUGUGACACUAACAGUUCACCCUUUGAACAUUUACGAAGAUGGAUACUACUUUUUAUCACGAGGAAAAUCCCUGUAUCGGCCGGGAAGGACUUAAAAGAAAGGUACCAUUUUACAAGAAAAAUGGACCACCGGCAGCACCGGCAUCUGUUCAAAAAUUGAAAGAAAGCAUGUCUUUAGAUUUUAAUUCUUCAUCGGAUAAUACCAAAAGGACCAAAUUCACAAAUUUACUUCAGUCGCCAGAUUUAAAUAUGUUGAAAUUGGCUUCGCCCGAAUUGGAGAAAAUGAUAAUUCAAGCUAACGGAAUGGUAACAACUACACCAACUCCGACACAGUUUAUUUUCCCAAAAUUUGUGACAGAAGAACAAGAAGCCUAUGCUAGAGGGUUUGUCGUUGCUUUGGAAGAAUUACAUGGCGACGAAGACGUUAACUCAAAAUCUCCGCCACUUAGUGCGCCAUUUUCAACUGCCAGUCAACAUUCUCUCAGUCUUAGCAGUUCCGUACCAAUUACUUCACAAGUUUUUACUACCACCACAUCGUUACCCGGAGGUCUCGUCAACCUCAGUACCUCAACACAUAAUAAAUCUCACGAUAACCGAAGAUCAUCUUCUAGUCCACUUUUAUUAACCAAGUUUAAAGAGGAACCACAAACAGUGCCAUGUUUUUCUGGAAUCAGUUCAAAUCCGCCCAUGUCACCCAUAGACAUGGAAAAUCAAGAACGUAUAAAAAUAGACAGAAAGCGCGCAAGGAACCGAGUGGCAGCAAGAAAAUGCAGAACACGAAAAUUGGAAAGAAUUAACCGACUUGAAGAUCGUGUUACUUGUUUAAAAGAUCAAAAUGAUGAACUUUCUAAAACUGCCAAUACUUUACGAGAUCAAGUGUGUAAACUAAAAAGACAAAUUAUUGAUCAUGUGAAUGGUGGUUGUCAAAUUAUGAUGACACAAAAUAUUUCAUUCUGACUAAGAGACAUAUAAAUAAAAAUAAACUAUUAGCUAAAUUGUUGGACAUUUAAUAUAAUUUAUGUGAUGAAGUUGAUGGCUUAAUAAUAACAGUGCUAAGAUAUUGUGAUGUUUUGAUACAAAUAUAUAUUAAUCUGUCUUUCUGAAAAUCAUUUGUUGAGCUGUAUUCAGAAUAGUGGGUUACUCCAUUAGAUAUUAUUGAAUAUUGUGUCAAAUUUUUGUUUAUUUAUGUUAUUCAGGCAUUGACAUGAAAAGUUAUUUUUGUACAAAAAAUGUGUACAUAUUCUUUUGUAACACAGACUGAUGCAAAAGGUGCUGUUAUUUUUUAUUUAUUAUGUAAAUAUUUGCAUUUCUACAAGAGUCAUUUUAUAUCAUUAAUAUCAUUCAUUUUAUCAUGAAAUUUAUAAAAUUGUUUUUAUUUGAAAUUUA